UUUCAACCGAUAAUUUUUUUACCAAGAUGUAAAAAUAAAAAAAUACUAGUAAAUGAGUAGAUUUUGAGAACAAUUGCAGCGGAAAGGGGCGAAUCUUGUGUAGUAGAAAAACCCUUCGUCUCCCCAAAACCCAGAGAAAAGCACGCCAUAGACAUGGAAAUCGACGGCAAACCAGCUGAAGAAAUGAAGGACGACCUGUUUAAGGCGGCGGAAUCCGGCGAUUCCUCGGUUUUCAAGUCGCUCUCUGAAGAGCAGCUCGGCCAAGCCAGCCGCCUCCGCAAUGAAGACGGUCGUUCUAUCCUCCACGUCGCCGUUUCGUCCUCGCAGACCGAGGUGGUGGAAGUCCUAGCGGCCGCAACCCCAUCAGUUGUAAACAGCUGUGAUGAAGAAGGCUGGGCACCUCUGCACUCUGCUGCAAGCAGUGGCAAUAUUAAAAUUGUGGAAAUUUUACUCAACAGCAGUGCUGAUGUAAAUAUGAAAAAUGACGGUGGCCGAACAGCUCUCCAUUAUGCUGCCAGCAAAGGUCUUCUAAAAAUCGCUGAAACUUUGGUUUCUCAUGGUGCAAAGCUCAAUGUCAAGGAUAAGUUCGGAUGCACUCCAUUGCAUCGUGCAGCAAGCACUGGGAACAUGGUGUUGUGUGAAUUCUUGAUUGAGGAAGGAGCAGAGGUUGAUGAAAGUGAUAGAGCAGGGCAAACGCCACUCAUGACUGCAGUAGUAUGCGAUAACAAAGAUGUUGCUCUCCUUCUUAUAAGACAUGGAGCUGAUGUGGAUGCCAAGGACAAAGAAGGAUACACCGUUCUUGCCCGGGCAUCGACUCAUCUGCGCCCGAGUUUAGUUGAUGCUGCUCAGGCUAUGCUGGAAGACUGACAACAUAAUACUCUCCUUACAUUUUUUUUGUUGCUUUUGUUGUUUUGCGAUCAUUUUAGUGCUUUUUCGAAGGUUUUACUUUUACCCAAAGUCAUGAACGCCUUUCAACUUAUUGCAUUUUUUUGUAUAAGUAUAUUGCUAGUAAAUGUUUGAAUGUGUUUAUUGCGGGUCAUGAUAUUCCCACAUUAAGCUUGGGUUGGAAUUUAGAUAUUUAGUUCUGAUUCUAGAAAUAAA